GCCGAGUCGAGCGGCGAGGAGGGGAGCGACAUGGUCUUGGACAGCGGGUGCGAGCCCGUGUGUGGGGGCUGGAACUGGCCGACAGCUGGAAAGGGCGACAUGGCGAUCGGAGCAGGUUUGGCCUUCUUGGUCUUUGGCCCGCCGCCCGCAGGUGAAGCGGUCGCCGCCCGCUUGAUGCCGUUGGCCUUGCUCGCCGUGUCGGUGUCGCUGCCGUUCGAGCUUGGCCUCGAGACGCUGCUCGCACGACCGUUUGCCGCUGCCGCCGCUGCCCUGCCUGCUCCUCGCCGCGACCCUCCGAGCCCCAUGCACCCGCUCAGGUGGCUCGCGUACCGUGGCGCGGCGAUCUGGCGAGAGCAGACGAGGCACUCGUGCAAGCCGUCGUCCUUCUUGGUCGGCGACGGGCUCGCUCCGUUGGCUGGAGCGGGACCGAGCAAGCCGUUGGCGAGUGCGCCAUACCCUGCUGCGUGUGCCCCUGCAGCUCGAGACCGUCGCAGCGCGGCCAGGCGGUGCUCCUCGAUGGCCACGUCGAGCACGAGCUCGCGCAAGAUCUCGCUCGCCAAGCUCGCCGCGAUCGACGCGCGGCUGCUGUGAGCCUGUGCUGCUGGC